GUAGGGCUUGAAUUUCAUCAUCAGUCAGUGGUGAAGACGAGUUCUUAAUAUCCUAGUUGGUAUCAUCAGAGCAAUCAAGAAGUCAGGCGAUUGGAUUGUUCGUGUUCGAUUUCAGUGGCAAUCUCUACAAAUUUCGAUAUAACACUAAUGUUCAUGAGCAUGCUGAGUAUCUCCGGAAAAACCACAAACCAGUGCAUAAGAAGUUGAAGAAAACAAAAGCAAGACACCAGCACAGAGCGAACAGAGAAGCAAAACAGAACAAACUGAUGCAGCUUGGUGAAUUUGCAUGGAUUCUACUCAAGCAAAGAAGGUUUCCUCACUUCAGGAGGAAUAAGUUAAUAACCAAGGCUAUUGGACCAUUUCAGAUAAUUAUUAAAUAUGGGGACAACUCAAUGAAAUUGAAAAUAACAGAAGGAUUUGACAUACCUCUUACCUUCAACGCAGGGGACUUAGCUCCUUACUUAGGGGAUGCUGAAUUGAGGGCAAUUCCUUCUAAAGAAGGGGGGAAUGAACCAUAUUGGGAUGGUUCAAUGAUGAUUCACAUAAGCAACAUGGAUGAAGAGAAAUUCAUGGAAUCAAACUCAAGCAUGAACACUAAUCCAAGAACAGAAGAAGAGAAUUCAGAACUCAAAACGACCACACAGACCACACAGCAGAAUCAGACGUCAACUGUCAAGCAGCUGACCUUGCAGUCUUUGCCUAGACCAACCAGGAGGGACUCAGAGGCCAUGGAAGAUAAAAAUGGAAUCUUGGUACAUGGACCUUCAUGCCUUGGCCCAAGAACGUUGCUAUACAUCAUAGAGAAGCCACCGAAAUCAGCUGUGAAGGUCAGCCAGUCGCAAGGUGUGCCAGAACAGAACAAAUCAGCAUUUCAGAAUUGUUCUGACCAGCUGACCUAGCAUGUUUUGGCCCGAUCGUGUUUCAUGGUAUCUUGUGCCACCAAAGGUAGAAAUGGAAUCUCUACACUAGGAACUUGCUACCAAGACUCUUAGUGACCAUUAUCAACCUUUUAAAGAGCACAAGAAAGUAAAGCGAAGGUCGCCUGGUCAACAAGUCUCUUCAGAAAUCAGAAUGCUGAGUUACUUUGUUUUUUCAUUCUUUUAAAUAAACUCAUGAUGUACACGUGUCCCUUUAUGACCGUUAUAAUUAGUUGGAUGUGUCAUUAGCCUUCUUAUUAUAUUUCCCUCGUCCCAUAAGUCUAUAAAUAUAUGGCAUUAGCCUUGUAAUAAACAAGUUUAAGUUUGAAAUUUCAGAAAAUUAAUUCAUUGGAUUUUGAUCCUUUGUUUUCUCCUUGAAUGUGUAUGAACAUUCAACGAUCUUUAGUAGUGCAAGAUCAUCACCUUUUGCAACUGAGAGUAGUCCUUGGUUGGAUUAAGGGGAUUGUUGGCCUUGGAGGGUUAAAAUCCUAGUCUCUCAAUUCAAGAUUCACCCUACAAACUUGUUCUGUUUGUGUGAAUCAUAUCACUGUUUCAUGUGUGUUUUGGGUUUGUUUGGCUAUCACAUUACGUGGAAUUGAAGGCUGGCUUAGAUCUUCACAUUGCAUUGAGGAUUUCCAACCCAAACACGCAUCACCCCUAACAUUCGUCUGAGUCAUUUCUGCACUAUGUUGAGCACAAAAUUAAUAUUCAAUGUUGCAUGGUACCCUCAACUGGAUGAUAAAAGGAGAGUGACCAAUAAGACCUUGGGGCAUAUCUUAAAGAACUUAGUUGAGGAGAACAACAAGGAUUGGAGUGAAAAUUUAGCCCACUCUGAAAUUGCACAUAAUGGAAAUCCUCAUCUCCAUUCUGAACAUUUCUCAUUUGCAUGCAUGUAUGACCUUAAUCCUUGGAAUGCUACUACCUUAGUCUAUUUACUUUUACAGGACAAAGGUGUAUGGAACACCAGGAAGCCAACAAGCAUAGUUCCACACACCGCUGCUCAGGUGCAAACAGUAGCAAAGACCUACUCUGUUGAUGCAGCCAACAACCAUGAUGUUUCACCCUACCACACGAACUUAGAAUUGAGGAAAAUUCUUUUUCAAGAAGGGGGGAUUGAACCAUAUCAGCUAGGCUCAAAUGGAGAUAGCAGCAAAGACUCAAGAAGCAACCCAAGAAGAAUGGAAUUCAACAACAACAAGAGCAACAAACACCACCAUGUUAAUUUUUAUGGAGUUUGUAUAGCUUCUGAUUUUAUGCACAUUAGGCCAUUAUCUACACAUGACAAGGAGAUCAAGAUAAAUCAAAAUAAUAAGGAAGAUCAUGAACUAAUUAUGGGAAAAAAAGGCCAAGAGUUUGAAGCAUCAAAUGAAUACAGAAGACCUGCAGCAACCCAAGAUCAGAGACAUCAGCAUCCUCUGACCAAUUCCAUUGACCAGGCCAACUUGGCGGGCCUACCCAGACGAACCCUAAGCCCAUUUGAUGACGUGAAGGACAUAAUUGGAAUCUCCACACUGGAACCUAGCCACCAUGGUCCAAAGGUCCUACGCAUGAUCAUUGGAAGCAUGUGGAAAAGUGAGGCAAAGGUCACACAGUCAACAUGCAACAGCUUCUGACCACUGACCAGGCCAGCUUGGCAAGCCCAUCCAGACACGACCUGAACCCGUAUGCUGACGUGGAGGGUAGGGUUGGAAUCUUUGCACAAGGGUCUAGCCACCAUGGUCCAAGAGCCCUCUUGAAAGUCAACGGAAAGGCAUUGAAAUCAGAGCACAAGGUCGCUUAGUCAACAGAUCAAGCCAACAGCUACUGCACAGUCUUGAGUAUUCUGUUUUAAACUUCUUAAGCGUGUGUAUAGGCACGUGUGUAGAUAUGACCGUUAAUAACCGUUAGGCAUCCAUGUAAAUAGCCUACCUCUCAUUCCUAGCUCUAUAUAUAGUUGAUUCAUGCAUUGUAAUGGACGUUGAUUGUUGAAUAAAAUUCCAAAUUUCAGAAAAUUUCAAGUGUUUGAAUUUUCUCUUCAGUUGCUUGCAAUUGGGUUACCAAGGGUCAGUCUACCCUUCGUGAUUGUGCAACUCCUUGAUCAGUCUUUAAGAUUGCACGUCAUUCUAUCCAAGAACAUUGAUAAUUCCAUUGAUUAAUCAAAGGAAUUCAUCAUUGUUGCGUUGAAAAGGGGCUUGGCAGUCCACCUCUUGUCAAGGCACUGUGUUCAGUCUUGGA